AUGGCUGGUGAUUUAGCGAGCCUUGUUAGCUCAAAAUCUCGUUCCUUUGUGAUGGAUUCCUAUGAGCGAAUUGAUUCUGGCACAGCCAAAUUAGAGAGCCAGGAGAGUCUGGACACGUCCAGUCGUGAAGACGGAUUGUACAAGGCGAUGGAAGUGGAGACCGGGCAACUUCGCGGCCGUGUGAGCCAGUUAGAAAAAGAGAACCAGGAAAUGGCAAACGAGCUCAUAAAGUUACGCCAAACAGUGGCCUCGCAGAAGGCGCGCAUCUUGGAGCUCGAAGCGGGCCAAAGUAUAACUCGAAGUAGAGCGUCCAGUUCGGUUUCGCCAAAUAAGUUGGUUCCUCCAGAGCCGCCAGUGUUUGCAUCGGUUCCUGAUUUACAACCGGACGAAAAAGAAGUGAUAGAGAACCCGGUCAAGAAUGACCCAAUAGAGGAGUUUACGAUCCCCCCACCCGAGAUCAAAGCUCCAGAACCGCCGAUCGAAGUUGCAUCCCCGCCAACAAGAGAACUGCACGUCCCUGAACAGAAGAAACCAGUCGAUACAACAGAACCAGCAAACCCAUUCAGAAGCCCAGAGCCAACCAUCAAUCCAUGGGAUUCUCCUCAGAAACAACAGCGGACAUUGGACCAAUUAGUCAAACCAGUUUCGGAUAUGGACAUCGACGUUCCAGAACGCAGCGAAAGACGCGUUCUGUUGCGAGACUCUCCUGCACGGUCUCCUGAAGUUAGCGAGCUCGUUAAAGAUGCCACGUUCGGAUCGUCUCCGCGUAAGGGAUCUCCUAGAUCUCCUCGCCAAAGACAGUCUCUUCCGAAGGAGUUGAAGACUCCAAAGGACGAUGAGUUUAUCUUCAGCAACAGCGGAAGUAGUAACGGAUCGUUCAAGAGACCAGCAUACGAAGUUUUAGGAACUCCAAAGAGAGAAGAAAAGGACGAGCCAAAAGCGGCGCUGCCUUCAGAGAACCCAAGCCAUUUGACUUUGGAACACACGUCCAGAACUAAUUUGGACAAAGAGAGUUCGAGUGUUGCUUCUUCACCAGAAAAAGAAGAAUCAAGCAUUGUUCUUUCUCCGGCCAGAAACCAAUUCUCUCCAAUCAAGGACUUUUCGCCUCUCAAAGAUUUUGCUUCUCUUUCGACGGUUUCACCUCUGCGGUCUCUGAACUUUUCUCCAGACCGCAGAUCGUUCCUGCAAACACCGUCACCUAAAAAGCCUUUGCUCAAAUCAGCAUCUCAUCAGCAACAACCAUCUGACUCAUCCCAAUUUGACUACAUUUCGUCGUCGUUUGACUCCACGGUAAUCACCGUGGAUACGUGUGUUGAUCCUAGCGCCGUGAACGACAAGAAGGAAGACUUCUCGAUAUCUUUCAUGGUCAACUCCAACGAGCGUUCUGGAGAAUUGGUGCCGUUGUACAUGGUGCGUCAGACAUAUACCAAGUUCAUCACUUUGGAUCAGGAUCUAAGACGUCUUGGUUUGAGACACCUUCCAAUGUUGCCAGAUAGGGCCGCGUUCCUCAAGAUUGACCCGCUGGUCUGGGACACUCAGAAAUCGAUCGUUCGAAUGUAUGUUUCGGAACUGUGUCGUGUGAUGCGCGGACAACGUGGGUCUGAGGUUUGGAAGCUGUUCAAAGGAUUUUUCACCCCGUAUGAUGCACACGACAUGUCCAAGCGGGAAGCUACCGUUGUUGAGGUGGGUUCAAAGAACCUGAAGAAGGUGUUCCGUCUCACAAAUCUCAGUCUCGACUCUAUCGAACAUUAUCUGACAAUUACCGAGUGUGCUACCAAGACCAAAGACGUUCUUCAUGUGAACGAUGUGAAUCUUUCGCGCGAUAACCAGAUCCUCACCAUUUCGAGAAAGAAACGGAAGUCGCUUCGGUCCGUGAAGCACCAUGUCUUGUACUGCGAGUCGGUCAUGGAUGCAGAGGACUGGUUCCGUUUGAUAAUGGACUAUCAAAGUAACGAAACGGACCAGGCUUCUCUUUCGUCGUCACCUUCCAAUCUAACAGCUGUGGACUACGCCCCAUCCGUGGCUUCAACACCGACUCAAACAGAAACCGUUCUUCCUUCGCCUGCGAUGUCCGAAAGCAACAGCAAAUGGUUCAGUCUCAAACGCGGAAACAGAGACUCUGUCAUGCCCGCUUCACAGCCACCGGCCGAUCUGCUCGAGUUCAAAGCAAUGCCAUACUCUGGAACGAUGGUUUCCAUGGGGUCUGUUCCAACACCGUCAUUACAGCCCAAUGAUAUGUCGUUCCAGCAAUUGGAAGCCACUCCUAAAUACUUUGGCUCCACUCUGCAAGAAUCGUUCGAAAGAUGUCCAGAUUUCAAGAUCUAUGACCGGCCUGUUCCAUCGGUGGUUUACAGGUGCCUUUCAUAUCUUGGAGAAAAGAAAGCUGUUUACAGCGAAGGUAUUUUCCGUUUGAACGGUAUGAUGGCCGAGGUUAAUAAGAUCCAGGAAAUCUUUAACGAAAAGAGCGAUUGCGACCUGGCUGCUCUUGAAUCUCCUCCCGACGUUCAUUCAAUUGCUACGUUGUUCAAACGGUACCUUCGUACCUUGCGAGUGACGGUGAUUCCUGAAGAAGAGGCAAAAGAACUCAUGACUUUGACACUUUCGAGCGACCACGCCUCCUCGGUUCCAAAAGUUAAACAAACUCUGUCCCAACUGCCAAAACUGAAUUUCGACGUUUUGUACGCGUUGUUCAAAUAUUUCCAAGAAGUGCUCAAAUUCAAAGACCUCAAUAAAAUGAGUGUCGGUGCGCUGAGCGUGUUGAUGGCUCCAAACUUGACACCUUUUGACGGAGCCAAGGAAAUCUGCUCCGAAUUGUUGACAAACUACCAUUACUACUUCGAGGAUGGUGAGAUUGUCGCCCGUUGA